AUGGCUUAUAACAAGGAAUACAUGAUAUUAAUAUUGGAUGUGCGUCGUACCGCCACGGAGGAUUUUAAAGAAAAGGCCACGAAAUGUUGCUCUGAUAUUAUUAAAAGGAAGAUUUGUUCGGGCAAAAAGGAUUAUCUAUCCUUUGUUUUAGUGGGCACCGAUCGUACCUAUAAUGAUGUGAAUACAAAUGAUUGUCAUGAUGGCUAUUUAAAUAUUGUCCAAUAUGCUGGUGAAUUACAAAUGCCCUCCUGGCAAUUACUUAUGAAUUUUUAUCAAUUUGUUAAUGAAACACCAUCGGAGUGUGGCGAGUGGCUGGAUGCUCUAGUGGUGGCCUAUGGUAUGCUGAAGAAGGGAAAAGAAUCCGCCAAGUUCCAACGCCAGCGUUUGGUGUUGUUCUACGAUUUCAAUGAUGGUUGUAAUUCAUAUGAUUCCUAUAGCGAUAUAACGGAGACAUUGCUAAGUAAUAAUGUGGAUUUGAUUGUGGUAUCCCCCGAUAUUUGCUACAUUGAUAAUCCCGACAAUGAUUAUCUACCACAAGCCAUCUUUGCCUCGGGCAAAAAAUCCGCACAACGUAUUGAAAAUGAAAAAUACGCAUUACGCUUGGUCUCGGAAUGUAAUGCAACGCUCUGCAACUUCAACGAAGCUGUUCCGGCUGCUCUGCGUUUCAAAAAUAAUCGUCCAUGGUGUUGGAAUAGUCAAUUGCGUAUUGGUUCAAAAAUCGUUAUCAAUAUUUCCGGGGUAAUUACGACGAAAGAUGAAACUACCAUAAAAUUGAAAACAGUUUGGAAUGAACCCGAUGAGGUGUUGAUACGUGAAUGGGGUUAUUUUUUAAAAGGCAACGAAGUCGAAGUGGAUUUAGAAGAACUGAUGGAUGGUUAUAUGCUGGGCGGUUCAGCUAUACCCUACGAUGAUAGCAUGGAUGAUGAUAAGUUGAAAUUGGCACCGGGCUUAACGUUUAUGGGCUUUAUGGAACGUAAACAUGUCCACAAUAAAUAUUUUGCUGGUGAAUCGACAUAUUUGAUUUUACAUCGGAGGGGUAUGAAGUCUUCGGCUCAAAGGCUGGAUGCAUUGGUAAGGGCUUUGCUGGAAGCAGAUCGUGUUAUCUUGUGUUGGAAGGUGUAUGGGGCCAAAAGUAAGCCGCAUAUUGUUGUACUUAUUCCGAACGAGAUAGAAGAUAAUUUCCCCGCCAGUUUGAAUAUGAUGGAAAUGGCCCAUCAUUCUCAGUAUCAUUUCUUUGAAUUCCCCCGCCUGAGUACGGAACGUACCGACUGUUCGAAGGAACAGCUAAAUGCCAUUGACAAUCUAAUCGAUAGCAUGGAUUUAACAUUGAAGAUACAAGAUGCGGAAACCCCACGCAAUACCUUUGAAAAGAAUGCCCUACCAUUUAGCCACUUGCCGCAUAUAUUUGAGCAAAACUUUAUGGAUUUAUUGGAACGUAAAAUCCUAUGUAAGGCCGGUGAAGAUGAUGAACAAUUCCAGGAAAUGUUAAAGGAUAAGAAUUUCGUGGAAGCCUUUUGGAAAAUACCCGAAGCUAUUGAAGAGAAGGCCAAAGCGGCUGCCAAAGAAGUUAAGAAACUGUUCCCCCUAGAAGUCAGCGAGGAAUGGUUGAAACAAUUAAAGGCCCAUCAGGCCAAAUUGGCUGCCAAUCAACAAUUGGCCAAAAAUCUCAAAGAAGAGAACAACAAUAACACCACUAAAUUACCAUUCGAUAAGGUGGGCUCUAAAACACCUGCCGAGGACUUUGAAAAACUGCUCAAAGCCCAUGUGUUUCCCAUACAAGAUAGUACACAACGUGAUUUGAAAUUUAAUCAAUAUGCUCUGCAGUUGCGUUCGGUUGUAAAGGAUUUAAUUUUCAAAACGGAAUCUCUGACAUCGAAGGAUUUUGAUAAAAUCACUGCCGCCAUUUCGGUAUAUCGUAAACGUUGCUUCAUUUUUAAUGCCUUCGAUGAAUACAACAAAUGGAUCGUUUCCAUUAAAUCGGAUGUGGCCAAACGUCAUCUAUCAGUAUUUUGGAAUAAUGUCAUUUGCAAACAUGAGCUGGGCUUGUGUUUUAUUGGCGAACCAUCGUUGGAUGAACAAAUGAAGGAGAAGGAUUUCUAUAGCCUGGAAUUUACGGAUAAUUUGGAACCCAAGGGACAAUUGUCACAGGCAGAAUUGGAAAUGAAUGAUAGCGAAGUUGAUGCCAUGUUGGCCAAUAUGGAUGCAUAA